AUGGCGUUCCGUUCUCGUCUCUCUGCGCUGUGCCUGGCGCUGGCGCUGACCACCGCACAAGCUGCGCGCACUGCUGUGGUGCUAGAAUCUCCGGAGCUGCAGAAGACGCAUUCUAAGUUCUUCAAGCUGCUUGAAGCCCGUGGCCAUGAGCUAAGCUUCUUUGCUGGCGAGGAAGAGCAACCAUUGGAGCUGGAGCACUUCGGAGAGCGCACGUACGAGAAUUUGGUGCUGUUUACGCCCCAGAAGGCGCUAGGAUCUUUGCGCAAGUCGGACUUACUGCAAUUUGUGGAGGAGGGUGGCAACGUGCUACUGUCAGCAAGCAAAAAACUCACCAAGGUGCAGCGCGAGUUUGCGCUCGAGUGCGGCGUCGAGUUCGAGAAGAAGGGCAAUGUCGUGCUGGAUCAUGUUAAUCCCAUCGCGGACGACGACGACAUCUACAACUCGGUGGUCGCCGCCAAGGACUUUGUAGCCUCGGAGCGCGUUGUAGGCUCGCUCGCUUCCAGUCCGAAGACCGUCGCGUUCUCCGGCGUGGGCAUGUCGCUUGAGCCUAACAAUAUCCUGGCUUUCCACGCCCUAAUGGCCCCUGCCACCGCGUACUCGGCCAACCCGGUGAAGCCCAUCACAGACAAGGUGGUGGCCAGCGAUCUGCUAUUUGGCAAUCAGAUAGGCCUCGUGACUGCCGUUCAGGGCCGCAACAAUGCCCGUCUUGUCUUUGCUGGCUCGCUCGACCUCUUCAGCGACAAAUACCUCGACAACCAGGACUUCGCGAACGCCGAGUUUGCCGAUGCUGUGACCAAGUGGGGCUUCCAGGAGAGCGGUGUUCUGCGCAUGACUAACGUGAAGCACCACCGUAAGGACGGCUCGCAGCCGGCUAAGAUGCUGAGCGAUGCAAACCGUGGCGACCAGCCUAUCACACUGUACCCCGACGCCGAGGUGGCUCGUGAUUCGCUUGUGUACCGUGUGAAGGAUAACCUAACGUACUCUCUGGACCUACAUGAGCUCAAGGACGGAAAGUGGGUGCCGUAUAAAGCGGAUGACGUACAACUCGAGUUUGUUAUGCUUGACCCACACGUGCGCACGACGUUGGCCCACGACAAUAAGGGUCACUUUUCAGUGACGUUCCAAGCGCCUGACGUGUACGGUAUCUUCCUGUUCCGUGUGAUGUACCGCCGCCUGGGCCUGUCUACGAUCUAUACGACUACACAGGUUUCUCUGCGCCCGUUCAAGCAUGACGAGUAUGAGCGCUUCAUCCCCGCUGCUUACCCAUACUACGCCUCGGCCUUUUCGAUGAUGGCUGGUGUGUUCUUGUUCAGCGUGUACUUCCUGUUCUACGAUGGGAAGCAGUAA